GGCGGGCCGCGGGACCCAGAAAAAGGCGAGAGGGGUGUCUCCGGGGGGAGCCUCCUCGCCGGGACUCUCGGGAGGCCUGAUGGAGUAAGAAGAAGGGUCGGCUGUGAAUGUAUGACGUUGAGUGCUUCAGAUCUGAUCACUAUGGUACGGGAACGAAAAUGCAUAUUGUGCCACAUUGUGUACAGCUCCAAAAAGGAGAUGGACGAACACAUGCGGAGCAUGUUGCAUCACAGGGAACUUGAGAACCUGAAGGGCAGGGACAGUAGUCAUGAGUGCCGAGUGUGUGGGGUCACAGAAGUGGGCCUUUCUGCCUAUGCAAAGCACAUUUCUGGCCAGUUGCACAAAGAUAACGUUGAUGCCCAGGAAAGAGAAGAUGACGGAAAGGGAGAGGAAGAAGAAGAAGAAUAUUUCGACAAGGAGCUCGUUCAGUUAAUAAAACAAAGGAAAGAACAAAACCGACAAGAUGAAUCUUCAAAAAGCAGCCAAGAAAUAAACUCAGAUGACCGGCAACCCCAAUGGAGACGAGAAGACCGAAUCCCUUAUCAAGACAGAGAGAGUUACAGCCAAUCAGCCAGGCAUCAUCGCGGCCCUCCACAGCGGGACUGGAAAUGGGAAAAGGAUGGCUUUAAUAAUACUAGGAAAAAUAGCUUUUCACAUCCUUUGAGGAAUGCCGCUGGGCCAAGAGGAAGCUCUGGGUGGCACAAAGGUAUUGCAAGAGGCUCCUCGGGCUGGUUUCACAACCACAGUAAUUCUGGCGGUGGUUGGCAUCCAAAUAGUGGGGUGGUAGACUGGAAUUACAACGCUACAGGAAGGAAUUCCAGUUGGCAUUCUGAGGGAACAGGUGGAUUUCCCAGCUGGCAUAUGAACAACAACAACGGAAACUGGAAAUCCAACGUACGUAGUACAAAUAGCUGGAAUUACAAUGGCCCGGCAGACAAAUUCCAACAAGGCCGAGGCAGAAACACGAACUAUCAAAUGGAAGACAAGACUGCGCCGUGGAACAAGAAAUUGAGUAAGGCCAGCAAGUACAAUGCAGAGCGCUACAAAUGGCAGUGGCAGGAGAAGGACAAGGCCAGCACAUUCAGGGGUCCUUCUGAAGGAUUUGCCAGCAGUGCGUUUCCUUCCGAAGGCUUGCUCGAAUUCAAUUUCGAGCCGUCAGAAAGCCAAACUCCUAAACCAACAGACCCCCCGCCAGCUUCCAAAAUGAACGGCAAGAACGGUAACACAGCAAGGGAAAAGUUCCGCCGCUGGACUCCCUACCCUUCACAGAGGAAUCUGGAUUUACUGUCAGGCUUGAAAGAAAUCACUAGCAACAAGUCCGAAAAGAUAGAUAAGCCUCUUUUUAACUUUAGCUUGAUAACCGCAGGUGCACAAGAGCCUCAAGCUGAAGAAGCAAACAAUUCCCCAAUGCUGAAAACACAAAAAGAAAUACAUUCUGGGUUUCUGAACUGCAAAGAUGUUUCUGAAGGCACCCCAUCUUGUGAGGGGAGAGGCUGCCCCCGCACAGAGCCGCCCGAGCCACCACGCAGCUCAGAGAAGAGAGCGCCGCCCAAGGCCCCUCUCCUCCCGCUCCCCGCCCCCAAAGCCGCGCCUCAAAAACGAGAUCCGAAGAAUCCCCCCAAGCCCCCCGAAGCCCAUUCUCGGUUUCCUGAGGAACAUUCAAAUCCCUUGAACAAACCCGCUGUGGAAGAUGAUCCUGGCUCUUCACAUGUCUCCAAGUUGCGCAGCCCAGGUCCUCGAGGCUUAAAAGGGAAUAAAACGACAUCCGGCACUCCAAAGGAACCUGAGGAGAAUCUAAAUGACACAUUGGAGAAAGUCCAGGAGAGGCCACCAUGUCCCAAGACACUCCCCAGCUCUUCUAAAAGGAGCAGAAGCCACGAGAAGGCCAGUAGGAAUGUGGAAGGCUCUGAAAAGGGGUCCUUGAAGAUGGAGUUUCCAGUUCCUGCAUUCGAAGAUGAGAGUGAUGGGGCGGCAUCAGACAUGGAAAAGCCGGAACCAAAAACCAGGACCGCCGUGGGUUCUACAGCGACGGAAACUUUGUCAUGCAGCACCCACACUGCUGAUGAGAAAGGAGACGAGGAGAGCCUGGAAACGGGUAGGAAGCCUGCCACUUCCCCAUGCAGUGCCACACUUCUGCACAAAGAAUCCGACGUGCAUGUGGCGCCCACAGCCAGCCCACAAGCUGGCCUCCCGCUAGACUCGAAAACCGCACCAGAACACGCCCAGGGCGACGACCCCGCAAAGUCUCACGCACUCUUUGAAACAGAGAGCUUCGAGAGUACCAGUCUGGAUCCCGAGCUUCAAAAAAACGACACUAGUCAGCCCUCAGGCCCUCUCCUGCCUGAACUAAGCAAGCUAGGCUUCCCAGCCUCCCUCCAGAGGGACCUCACCCGCCACAUUAGUCUGAAGAGCAAAAGCGGAGCCCACCUGCCCGAGCCGAACCUCAACAGUGCCCGACGUAUUCGCAACAUCAGCGGCCAUCGAAAGAGCGAAACAGAGAAAGAAUCUGGUCUCAAGCCAACCCUACGACAAAUUCUAAAUGCAUCUCGGAGAAACGUCAACUGGGAACAGGUCAUUCAGCAAGUAACCAAGAAAAAGCAAGAGCUAGGCAAAGGCUUACCCAGGUUUGGCAUAGAAAUGGUACCUCUGGUUCAAAAUGAGCAAGAGGCCUUGGACUUAGAUGAGGAGCCUGAUCUGUCCAAUCUAGAAGGAUUCCACUGGGAAGGUGUUUCCAUUUGCUCAUCCCCUGGGUUGACAAGAAAGCGAAGCCUUUCCGAGAGCAGCGUGGUCAUGGACAGGGCUCCUGUGUAUAGCUUCUUUAGCGAGGAAGGUACCGGCAAAGAAAAUGAGCCCCAGCACAUUGUUGCUGCGCAGAGUCAGAAAGCGACCAUGUGCCUUAAACAGGAAGUGGUCCCUCUGGCCGCCUCCCUCAGAGCAGGUGAAAGGGCUGAGAACAUUGGCACGCAGAGACGACAUAGUACACAGCCACCCGCUGACCCUGCAAUACCGUUGAUGCAUUUGGCCAAAGACUUGGCCAGCCAGGAGAGGUCCACACCCUUGUCAGAGUACCAGAAUGCCCAGGAGAGUAAUGGAGAAGGAAACUCUCUAUCAUUGAACGCUUCCUCAGCCCUCACCACCUCCACCUUAGCAGAUGCUGCCACAGACAGCAGUUGUACCUCUGGCACCGAACAAAACGACAGCCAGAGUGUUCGGAAGAAACGCAGAGCCACUGGGGAUGGAUCUUCUCCUGAACUCCCAAGUCUUGAAAGAAAAAAUAAAAGAAGGAAAAUUAAAGGAAAGAAAGAACGUUCUCAGGUCGACCAGCUGUUGAGUAUUUCCUUGAGAGAGGAAGAGCUAAGCAAAUCACUUCAGUGCAUGGACAACAACCUUCUGCAGGCUCGAGCAGCCCUGCAGACAGCGUAUGUGGAAGUUCAGAGGCUGCUCAUGCUCAAGCAGCAGAUAACUAUGGAGAUGAGUGCGCUGAGGACCCACCGAAUACAGAUUCUACAGGGAUUACAAGAGACGUACGAACCUUCUGAGCAGUCAGACCAGGUUCCCUGUAGCCUCCCCAGAGAAGCAAGAAGCAGAUCUCAGACCACUGCUGAUACCACGCUGUUGCCUAAUCCCUUCUUCCCCCUUUUCCUGGAGGCAGCUCCUUCCCAUGUGUCUCCAUCAUCCACCAGAGCCUCUCUCCAACUAGCCACUUCUCCUGCUUUCCAGGCUCAGGGCAACAUCCCUGCCCCAGAUUCAUCUGUUCAGAUUAAACAAGAGCCCAUGUCCCCCGAACAAGAGGGGAGUGUGAAUUCUGGGUCACAGGGCUCUGAUUUCAGUGUGUCCAAGGAACUACUGCACACUCAGGAAAUAUCUUCAGAGCCAGGUGAGGAUGAUGAGCCUACAGAAGGAAGCUUCGAGGGCCACCAAGCAGCAGUGAAUGCAAUACAGAUAUUUGGAAACUUACUGUACACCUGUUCUGCGGAUACAACCGUCCGGGUUUAUAGUUUGGUGAGUCGGAAAUGUACUGGUGUCUUUGAGGGCCAUACUUCCAAAGUGAACUGCCUGCUGGUCACCCAGACCUCUGGGAAGAACGCAGCCCUUUACACCGGUUCCAGUGACCACACCAUUCGCUGUUAUAAUGCUAAGACCCGAGAGUGUAUGGAACACUUACAGCUGGAAGACCGAGUUCUCUGCCUUCAUAGUAGGUGGCGAGUCCUCUACGCAGGCCUUGCGAACGGCACGGUGGUGACCUUCAACAUCAAGAACAACAAGCGACUGGAGAUCUUUGAGUGCCACGGCCCUCGGGCGGUCAGCUGUCUAGCCACAGCUCAGGAAGGGGCCCGGAAGCUGCUGGUUGUGGGCUCUUACGACUGCACCAUCAGCGUACGCGACGCACGCAACGGGUUGCUCCUCCGAACUCUGGAGGGCCACAGCAAAACCAUUCUCUGCAUGAAGGUGGUGAAUGACCUCGUGUUCAGCGGCUCUAGUGACCAGUCAGUCCAUGCUCACAACAUCCAUACCGGGGAACUCGUGCGCAUCUAUAAAGGCCACAACCAUGCCGUCACCGUGGUCAACAUCCUGGGGAAGGUGAUGGUGACAGCCUGCCUGGACAAGUUUGUUCGAGUCUAUGAACUGCAGUCCCAUGAUCGACUGCAAGUCUAUGGAGGACACAAAGACAUGAUUAUGUGUAUGACCAUCCAUAAGAGCAUGAUUUAUACUGGCUGUUAUGAUGGUAGUAUUCAGGCUGUGAGGCUAAAUCUGAUGCAGAAUUACCGCUGUUGGUGGCAUGGCUGCUCUCUGAUAUUUGGGGUCGUAGAUCACUUAAAACAACACCUGCUGACUGACCACACGAAUCCCAACUUCCAGACUCUGAAAUGCCGCUGGAAGAAUUGCGACGCAUUUUUCACCGCUCGGAAAGGAUCCAAGCAGGAUGCUGCUGGACACAUCGAACGACAUGCUGACGAUGACAGCAGAAUUGAUUCAUGAAGUUUGUUGCCUCCCAUGUUGGGAAGUCACUAGUAGAACUAUUUCAUUGUGGCCUCUUCACACAGACCACUCCCUCUUCUUCCCCCCCCCCCGGAAGCGGGGAAGUAGAAAGCCAGGCUUACCAACUAGCAAAAGCCUGUGCAGCUCUGUGAGGUCAGAGGUUACAUUUCAAGUUUGUGCAGGAGGGUGCAAUGACAUUGAAACAGAUUUUUUUUUAAGGAUACCUAUACUCCUCUGGGACAUAGAGUGAUUCAUGCGACUAGCAUUCUUUCCAUGUUUAUUAAAACUCCAGAUCUUAAUUGGUUACCUACUUUGGCCCUAAUCAUAUUUUUGUCACUUUGAGCUUGCAGUUUCUAGUUUAUGUUUCUUACGAUGCUUUCUGCCUUUGAUAGUCAAGCUUUCAGUACAGCUUUGUUGAGAUGCUACAUUUUCAGGACCCAGUUGUAAAGACUGGGUGUGUACUUACCUUUCUUAACCAUUAUUUGUAGUGUGUUUCAGAUAUUCACUUCCUUAGUAAAUGGACAGAGCUGGCUUGCAGUGCAAUAGGACACAUGGGAGAUGAUUGCUAACCAGCUUGAGUUGGAGGAUUCAGGACCCAGUCCCAUUGAGAUGAGUCCUUGUGGAAGCCUUUCCUGGAGAACUUGUGUGCAGGUCUGGCAGAGCGCCCGCUGUGAGGCAGCAGCCAGGCCAGUGUCUCCUUUUCUGUUCUGCUGUUAGGCCCGGGAGCUCCUUGCCACAGGUGCCUUCGGCUGUUUGGGCUGGAGGCGUACCCUGUGUCCCUGCACCUCUCCUGCCCUUUAACUGUGCCUAGAGCAAUGGCAGCCGUCAGUCCUCUGGGCUCACAGGGCAUUUUCCACCCACCCACAGCACCCCAGGUCAGGGAGUUAAGACUAAAGCAUCUGGAUACAGUCUUUAGGGACUGAAGCCGGCCUUCUGGAGACUUUUGGAAGCUAGUAUCUUGGUCUUUACCCACCUGCUGGCUGAGGAAUCUGGGACAACCGAAGCACCCAGGUCAACAGAGCCUCACUUUCAUUGUGGGACUUGGGGAUUUUUCUCUGGACUGUUGAUCAGUAAAAGUACACUAAGUGUCA